AAGUCUAAACCCCGUUAAUUGGCCUCUUUGAUCUGGAUAAUUAUUAACCCUAUUUCGGCCUAAAACCCUAUUCCUUCCUCUGUAUCCAUCAAUGGCUAUGACGUCGCUUACAGAACUCGAUGAUGAUACGGUGCGCAGCAUGUCUGUUGGAGCUGUUUUCUCCGAAUUUGGGGGGAAGAUUAAUUCAAUUGAUUUUCAUCGAAAAGACGAUUUGUUAGUUACAGCUAGCGAGGAUGAUUCGGUUCGCCUUUACGACAUUGCAAGUGCCAAAUUGCUGAAGACUACGUUUCACAAGAAACACGGUGCAGAUCGAAUAUGUUUCACGCACCACCCUAGCUCUGUUAUUUGUUCCUCAACAUACAAUUUAGAUUCUACCGGAGGUUUUUUUUUUUACUGUUUUCUUUUGAGUUUUAUAUAUCAUUGUUUCAUGUAUGAGCGAGUGAUGGAAAAUGUUGCAGAAUCAUUACGUUAUCUAUCAAUGUAUGAUAAUCGAUGUCUUCGCUACUUCAAAGGGCAUAAAGAGAGGGUUGUUUCCCUCUGCAUGUCUCCAAUCAAUGAUAGCUUCAUGUCUGGUUCUCUUGAUCACAGCGUUAGAAUAUGGGAUCUUCGUGUAAAUGCCUGCCAGGGAAUUUUGCGUUUACGUGGUAGACCCACAGUUGCAUAUGACCAACAAGGUCUUGUCUUUGCUGUGGCAAUGGAAGGGGGUGCUAUUAAGCUGUUUGAUUCACGUUCCUAUGACAAGGGUCCCUUUGACACCUUUUUAGUUGGUGGAGAUACAGCUGAGGUCUGUGAUAUUAAAUUCAGCAAUGAUGGCAAAUCAAUGCUAUUGACGACCACAAGUAACAACAUCUAUGUUCUCGAUGCAUAUGGUGGAGAGAAGCGAUGUGGGUUCAGUUUGGAACCAUCUCCAAAUACAAAAAUAGAGGCAACUUUUACCCCAGAUGGCCAAUAUGUGGUAUCAGGCUCAGGAGAUGGAACCUUGCAUGCCUGGAACAUCAACAUGCGAAAUGAGGUCCAGGGAUUCUUCAGAAUUUUGCCAAUAUGUCAAUGUGGUGGCUGUAGCAAGCAGAGUAUAUUUGCCUACUGCCUAAGUAGUGUAGAUUCCCCCAUGCACCCAAGGGGAGUCAUUCCGCUAGUUGGAUUGAUACGCCUGUGGCAAAUUUAAUAUCCUCAAUAUCCUUUACUUGCAUAUAUAUAUAUAUAAAAUAAAUCAACCUGCACAUUUAUAAAAGUACUAUGGCUGUAUUGGCAGUGAAAACAACCUUCUUAGAUAUUCAAUUUUACCUUGUCUAUUGUGUUACAAACUUAGGAAUUUGGAAUUCCAUCUUGGGAAACUUUUUCUGUAUGAUUAAAGCUAUCAUCAAGUAAUUGUUACGAAAAUGAUAGUCCUCAUACUGAAUCAAUCUAUUGGGUUAACCUACAAUUUUGUACUAAAAA